AUUUCCUGCAGAAAACAUUUAGCUUACUUGGAUGAUCCAGCAUAUUCACAGUUGACUUUUCUUUUCCUUCUUUGACUCUUUGAUGUUCGUAAAUGUCCGGGAUUCAGGAUCUUUCAGUGCUUCCAGUUGGAAUCCAGUGGCUGUAUGUCAGUAAAGAAGAGCCUCCUGAACAGCAGGGGUGGAGUCCCAGUCUGGAUGAGGAGGACACCAAGCCCUCACAAAUGAAAAAGGAACAGGAUGAGCUGUGGAUCAGUCAGGAUGGAGAGCAGUUUCGUGGACAAGAGGAGGCUGAUAUCAAGUUACCAUCCAGCCCUCUUCUUAUGAAGAAUGAGGCUGAUGAAGAGAAAUCUCAGUCCUUGCAGCCUCAUCAAAUAAAAACUGAACAGAUGGAAGCUGGAGCUGAUGGAGAGGACUGUGGAGGAUCAGAACAAGCCUCGGGCUCUGAUCCUGCAAGACAUUUACAGCAUGAGGUUGAGAUCAAGAUUGUAGAGUUUUCUGAAUCUGAGGCAGAAGACUGUAACAAUGCGAGGUGCACAACAGUUUAUCAGUCAGGUUUAAACUCAACUGAAAAAGAUAGCGAUCAGGGCGCAAAGACUUAUAAUGAAAUGUGCAGCUGUUCUGAGUGUGGAAAAAUAUUCAGAGAGAAAAGUAUUUUAAUUGAACAUAUGAGAUAUCACACCAGCAAGAACCCUUUGGACUGCUCUAAGUGUGGGGAAAGUUUUAGCCUGAAAGAACAUCUUGAACAACAUAUGGCAAUUCACAUGGAAGAGAAGCCCAUUGGCUGUCCUGAGUGUGGCAAAAGAUUUAGAUAUAAUGGUCAUUUGACGGAACACUUGAGAACACACACAGGAGAGAAACCUUUCAGUUGCUCUGAGUGUGGCAAACGAUAUAAAUAUAAAAGUCAUCUUACAGAUCAUUUGAAAACUCACACAGGAGAGAAACCCUUUGGCUGCCCGCAGUGUGACAAAAGAUAUAGACGUAAAUUUCAGCUGACAGAACAUCUGAGAAUUCACACAGGUGAUAAACCUUUCAGUUGCUCUGUAUGUGGUAAAGGAUUUUUCCGCAGAGAUAACUUGACCCAACAUAUGCUUGUCCAUACAAGAGAAAAACCCUUUGGUUGCUCUGAGUGUGGUAAAAAAUUUAAACUUGAAGAACAUCUGAGUCAACACGUGAGACUUCACAUGGUAGAGAAACCCUUUAGCUGCUCUGAGUGUGGUAAAGCUUUUAAACGGAAAGAAAAUCUGACCCAACAUAUCCGCAUUCAUACAGGUGAGAAACCUUUCAGUUGCUCCGAAUGUGGUAAAGGAUUUACACGUAAAGAAACUCUAACCCAACACAUGUUCGUCCACAAUAGAGAUAAACACUUGUACUGCCCCGAAUGUGGUAAAGGAUUUGUGUGUCAAGAAACUCUAAUUCGACACAUUUUUGUCCACAAAACAAAGAAACCUUUCAACUGCUCUUUGUGUUGUGCAGGGUUUAAUCGUAGAGCAAAUCUGGCCCAACAUAUGUACAUCCACACAAAGGAAAAACCUUUUAGUUGCACUGAGUGUGAUAAAAGAUUUUCUGACAAAGGAUGUUUGAGAAAGCAUAUGACAACUCACACAGAGGAGAAACUCUUCAGUUGCUCUGAGUGCACUAAAAGUUUUAAGAACAAAGAAACUCUGAAUAAACACAUGAGAAUUCAUACAGGAGUAAAACCCUUGAGCUGCAGUUCUUGUGGCCAAAGAUUCUUAUGGUAUUCUCAGUUAAAACGACAUAUGUGUGUUGGUGGCCAUGCAUAUGCACCAUUACCAAAACAAACUGAGGCAGAGGCUGAUAUAGAAGAUUGUGGAAGAUCAGAUGGAGCAAGGAACUCAGAUCCAGACAGAGAUUCACACCCAGAGAUUGAGGUUACCAUUGAGGACUUUUCUGAACCUGAAACUGAAGACUUUCUUGAUGAUUCCUAGAGAAUCAUAGACCACAUUUCAGUUUUACAAUGAGAGAUUAGGAAAUCCCAGUAAAAGCAAUGAAAUUGUAUACUGGUGACAAACCAGUACCCAGUGAAAUUCAGCUGCUCUGAAUAUGGUAACAGUUUUAGCUAAAGGUACCUUCUGAAACAUCACACAGGAGAGAAGCCCUGAUGUCCAUGGCAUGAAACAAUAAAUUAGAAAUGUGUGUACUUUUUCAAAACUAAGAGCCUGUAGUUGUGUGUUGUCUCCAAAAAUUAACCCUCUGAAUUUACAACAGGAAUUGAUAGCCGAGCCUUUCAGAGCAGGUGCUGCUGAUGCAAAGUGGCAAUCUCUGUAAUGUCUAUCAGUGCAUUUCUACAUCAAUCUUUUUACUGACUUUUUAUUAUGUUUUUGGCUGUGUUUUCUAGCAUGGGCACAUGCUUUACUUUAAGACUGUAAUACAUGGGUUAAUUUCAAAAAGAAAUGUUGGACCCAAAGACCAGGAAUUUUGACAAGCAGCUGUAUAUCAUGUAAUGUAUAGCACACUGGAUGAUUUUAUGGAAGUGUGCCUGGGAAGUUGUGGAUAUAAUUUUCAUUUUGUCUUCAAAUUUUAUUUAGAAGUUAGGUUUUUCUUUACAUAAUCUCUAAAGAUAAACAGAUUCUGAUCAUUUUUACUCAUUUUUAGAAUUCCAUCUCUCAUAAUAACUUAGUUUGUAUAGCAAUUUUAAAUACAGGGGUUUACAACGUGCUCUGACAUGUGAGGGAGCAAACAGAAAAAACAAAGCAACAAACCCCAAACAAAAAACAAAGACAGCAGAACAGAAACCACCCAACAACAUCAGCAAAACCCAAACAGUUAAAGAACCUAGAUUAAAACCUGAUAAAGAUAGUAGCUCAACAAUGUAAGACAUCAAAAACCCAGAACGCAGAUAUCACAUUGACAUAAAUGCCAUAAAAAAAGAUAGGAACCCAGCCACACAGGUUGAGACCCAGAGGACCAAAGUUUAGCAGAUGUGAGAAAUUAAAAGAGAAAAAAAGAGGAUUACAAACAAAAACGAAGAGAUAAAAAACAAUUAAAAGGCAGAAAAUGUGAUAAGAGAAGUAGAAGGAGAGCCUGUAAAAAAACAGGAAGCUAUGAAUAAAAGGUAACUGUGCCUUUGAGGUUUGGGCUUUUUAUCUUUAGGAGUCACCUCCAUGCAGAGCUUUUGCUAGAUAUUCUUCCAGCCAAUAUAGCCAGCAGUCCUUCAGAAUUCUGGCCAUACAGAACAACUACGGCACAUAUACUUUAGAUAGUCAUGUAUGGCAUAACCUGCAUUUGUCAGCAAUAAAACACACAAAAAGACAAACACUGUGUUGUAGUUCCUAUAUCUGUACUAGAGCAGGGCUGGGGCCACAUAUUUCUGUCUGAAUCUGACCCAAGUCUGAGACAGUAGAUGGUGAACAUGCCAGUAAACCAGAGUUGUCCUUGACCUACUAUAAACCACCCUUUUUAGACAUGCUAUACAUAACUGGACUGUGGAAAUGACUGAGACAAGUUAUCAUCCUAUUUAGCUAUAUUUCUUUGUGCUGUGUUUGUUGUUUGAACACCAAUCAUAAAGAAAAGAGUGAUGAGCUGUUUUUUUACACUCACACAGUCUGUUGCACCAUAUACACCUGCAUUUAACAAAUAAACAACACUUCGCUUCACCUUAGCUCUUUGUUUUCACAUACUACCAUAACUUAACUGCUUACAACAGCCAAAUACUAUCCUCCACAGAAAACACCAACAAAUCACAGCACAUUGCUAACCAGCAGCCUGUAAAUGUGAGACAGCAUGUUAAAACUCUGCAUUUCUAAUUAAAAUCUGGUCUUUCCACUGACAAUUGUCCAAUAUUAGUCCUCACAAACUUAUCAACUCAAUUGUAACAACUCUUGACUUAAAAGUAUAAAAUCCACCCAGUGUGAUUUAUUUGGAGUCAAGGAAAGAGAAAAGUGUCCACUGUUGUGGACAAUGGACAUGGCUCUUCCUAGUCCUCUAAGUCUGCUGCAACUAUCCGGUCAGUGCUGGACCCAGCUGAUGCUUGGGUGUUUAUUGUGUGUCGCUCAGUUGUCUACUGUCCUUUUUGUUUCAGCUUCAUUAUUGAUGACUAUCUCAAAAUUCCUCUGUACCAUUCCGUUCACUGCAUAGUGUUCAGUCACUCUAAACAGCCUUUAAGAUAAGCUUUGAUUGACCUCAUCACAUGAGUCAAUCACAUGAAUAUUUACUCCCUAAAUUAGCAAUUUGCUGCAUCAUGUAGAUAAACCACCCUCAGCGCUGAACAGGAAGAAACGUAGCUUCACAAAACAGUACAUUGGAGUUGAAUGGCUUCAAGUUUAUCAUAUUAAAGUUCCCUUAGCAGGACAUGUUUUAGGUCAUAAUACAGUAUAUAAUAUGU